ACUCACAACAUGGCACCUGCUGGCGGGGGUGUUGUGCUGGCGACGCUGUCGCUGCUGUACUUGUGUGGAGCUAUUUUAUCUAGCGACUUUUUCUCCACGCUCACAUUCUUUAAUGGCGACCUUCACAAGCACGGCUGCAGUUCUCCGGCCGAAUGGGAGGAGUAUGCGGCGGACUGCGAGUCGUCUAUACUGCAGCUGGAGGAUCCAGACUGUGAGGAGGGAAGCAGUCCUCCAUGUGAAUCCAUCUUUUCACUUAAUGCAGAGAAAAUACUUAAUCAGGCCAAGUUGUUUGUCGAACAGCGUCGAUUCCCAUUCGCUGUGGAAAAUCAAAAUACCAAUGAAGAACUUGCCAUUGGAUACGUUCUCAUUGGAAAUGGACUUUAUGAUGAGGCUGUCAAACACUUUUCCUUACUGCUGCAGGGAGAUCCUGAAUUGGUCAGCGCUAUCUAUGGCCGGGGAAUAGCGUAUGGCAAAAAAAGCCUUCAGGACAUCAAAAAUGCAGACCUGGCUCUGUAUGAGUUGAGCAGAGUGAUCUCACUGGAGCCAAACAGACCGGAGGUGUACGAGCAGAGGGCCGAGAUUCUGUCUCCAUUGGGUCGUAUUAGUGAGGCUCUUUCUGACUUGACAAAAGCCAUACAGCUGCAGCCUUCAGCUCGACUCUACAGACACAGAGGAACACUGCUCUUCAUAUCAGAGGAUUAUGUAGCAGCCAUGGAGGAUUUUCAACAGUCUCUGGAGCUGAAGAAGAACCAGCCCAUUGCUUUGCUCUAUAAAGGAUUGACCUUCUUCCACAGAGGCCUCCUAAAGGAGGCUAUCGAGGUGUUCAGAGAAGCUCUGAAAUUAAAGCCAGACUUUAUAGAUGCAUACAAGAGCUUGGGACAGGCUUACAGGGAGUUGGGGGACUUUGAGAACGCAAUGGAAAGCUUCCAGAAAGCCCUGUUACUGGAUCAAAACCACAUUCAGUCUCUUCAGCUCCGAGGAAUGAUGCUGUAUCACCACGGAAGUUUACAGGAGGCCAUCGGCAACUUCAAGAGAUGCCUGCAGCUAGAGCCUUAUAAUGAGGUGUGUCAGUACAUGAAGGGUCUCAGUCAUGUGGCAAUGGGACAGUUUUACGAGGGCAUUAAAGCUCAGACUAAAGUCAUGCUCAACGACCCUCUCCUAGGACAAAAAGCCAGCUCCGAGUAUCUCAAAGUCAAAUAUCUCAGAGAGUACUCGAGAUAUUUGCACUCUCAUCUGGAUGUACCUGUAGCGGAGUACAAUGUCGAUCAGGAUUUGCCGGGAAACUUUAAGAACCACUGGGCCAAAAAUCUUCCUUUCCUCAUAGAAGAUUAUGAAGAGCAGCCUGGACUUCAGCCUCAUAUUAAAGAUGUUCUACCUCAGAACUUUGAAAGUUACUCUGUUGAUGUUCAGAAGCUCAUUUGUACAGCGGAUCAUCUCGGAGCAUUGAUGCAAUAUGACACAUUAGGGUUCUUACCAAACCUCAGAAUACACAGAGCAAUGGGUUUGGCCACCAUUGAGGUGAUGCAGGCCAUGCAGCGCACUUGGAGUAACUCAAAGGUUCGAGUCAACGGAAAGACCAGACAGCUGCAGUGGAGAGACAUGUUUGACAUUGCAGUGAAAUGGAGAAGGAUUGCAGAUCCAGACCAGCCAGUGCUCUGGUUAGAUCAGAUGCCUGCUAGAAGUUUAAGUAGAGGAUUCAACAAUCACAUUAAUCUCAUCAGAGGGCAGAUCAUUAAUAUCAGAUAUCUGGAAUAUUUCAGUAGUAUUCUCAGCUUUGUAAAGGACAGAAUACUGGUUUAUCACGGGGCAUAUAACUCGCGAGGUCUUCAGGAAGUCAAGCAGGCUCUGGAGAAUGUGAUUAAAGUGGAAGAUCUGCUUCCCAUCAUGAAGCAGUUCAACAGUAAAACCAGAGAUGGAUUCACGGUCAACUCUAAAGUGCCCAGUAUGAAGGAUCCUGGCAAAGAAUAUGACGGUUUCACCAUCACUAUCACCGGAGAUCGGGUGGGAAAUAUGCUGUUUUCAGUGGAGACCCAGACCACAGAUGAACGGACGCAACAGUAUCAGUCAGAGAUUGAAGCGCUUUAUAAAGAUCUCACAGCUAAAGGCAAAGCUCUGAUGCUUUCGACUGAAUUAGGGGAUGCUGAUGCAGUUUGUAAUUUGAUUCUGUCUCUGGUGUAUUACUUUUGUAACCUCAUGCCUUUGUCCAGAGGCUCCAGUGUCGUGGCGUACUCUGUUGUAAUGGGAGCACUGAUGGCCAGCGGGAAAGAAGUGUUGGGCAGAAUCCCAUCUGGAAAGCUUUUCGAUUUCGAAGCCAUGACCACAGCCAACCCUGAUCGCUUCAGUAAAACAGUCAAGAGCUGGAUGAAUUUAAAAAGUUUGCCAACAUGGUAUCACAACCUUCCAUCAGUUUCUGAGACGUUCCAGUUCACACGGACCAUGAUUGAAGUUCUGAACACAGAUUCGUCUUCACAUUGUCCCAAGAAAUCCUGAACUUGAAUUGCCACCCAGUCAUUUAAAACAAAAACAGGGGCCAUCUCUACUCAGGGCAUCUUUGCUUAUUACUGUCGUUUGAGUUUUAACAUAUUAAAUUUCAAUGCAGAUUUUACCUGUUUUUCCACAAAAAAUGUGUCAUUUCUGCUUUGUUCAGGUUUUUCCAUUUAGCAAAGUUUCGCUGUCAGUUGUUUUGUUAUUAAGAUUUGGCAUUUGUAAGAAUUUGUGGUCAUACUUGAGCUGUGUUGAAAAUAAAAGCAGCAGGUAAUGUAGCAGAAUUGAAUUUCAGAUCUUUUAUAUCGAUAAUAUUUUUGCGUUUAAGGAUUGAUUUGUGACUUGCAGAGAUGUCCUGUGUAGAGUUUAUUAAGCAAUAUUCUUCAGCUCUGAGAUCUGAAUACUUGAAGACCGUAUGGGAAAGAUGUUUGAAAUGUCCACACUGACCUUUUGUUUUUUCUUAUUUAAUGGCUGAACUGAGUGAUAUGGAGAUUAGAUACUGAAGAUGUUUGUGGGGUUUUUUUUUUUCAAACACUGGGAACAGCCAAAUCUCUUUUUUGAGUCUUUAAUUUUGUCUGUCUGACUAAAAGCAAAAAAGCUCUUUAAUAACAUUAUAUUUUUUAUUUUAUUUUAAAAUCUUAAGGUGACUGUUUUAACUAGAACUUCUGUUUUCAUGCUUGGUAUGGCAAAGAUUUCUUAAUUUAUCUGUGGAAAAACAGAGACUUGUCUUUUGUUCAGUAUGAGGAAAAGAGAAGAGUUGUUGAACGCACAAAAAAUUGAAAAUGGCAAAUUUGUGGCUUACUUUUAAUAGACAGGGCCACAGUCAAUAAAAUCAGUUGAAUGAAAA